AUGAGCAACAUUGCUGAUUAUAGCAGCUCCGUGGGAGGUGCUAUUGGUGGUCCAGCGGCUUCGCUGCAGCGCCUCAAUCAGCAGCCGCAGCUGCUGCAGCAGCAGCAGCAGCAGCUAGCGCAAGCAGCAAUUAGGGUUACAGAGCUUUCAAACAAAGUCGUUCGUUUCACUCUCAGCAACUGCGAUGUCUCCAUUGCAAAUGCUCUCAGAAGAGUAAUGAUAUCGGAGGUUCCAACAUUGGCAAUUGAUUUGGUGACGGUGUUUGAAAAUACGAGCGUCUUGCAUGAUGAAUACAUCGUACAUAGGUUGGGUUUGCUGCCCAUUGACAGCUCCAACGUGGAGAGCUUCGUCUCGAGGGAUCUUGCGGACCGGGGGCUGAGGGGCAGGCAGGGGAUGGGCUUCGCCUGCAGCCUCAAACGCAUGAGCAGCAGCAGCAUUAGCAGCAGCAGCAGCAGCAUUAGCAGCAGCAGCAGCAGCAUUAGCAUUAGCAGCAGCAGCAGCAUUAGCAGCAGCAGCAGCAGCAUUAGCAGCAGCAGCAUUAGCAGCAGCAGCAUUAGCAGCAGCAGCAGCAGCACUAGCAGCAGCAGCAGCAGCAAGAUAUUGUGGGGUGUACGUACAGGGCAUUGGGAAGCUGCAUGCGAAGUGGAGCCCGGUUGCGACAGCAACAUAUAA